AUGGGUGUGAGUGUGGGGAAGGCUUGGAGUUUAGGAAUGUUAUCGACGAACCUAGCUCUGUUACCAAACAACAAAAAGAAACAUGUUUGUUCUCAACAACAAAGGAAAACAAUCACGAUCUCUUGGUCUCUCGUUUGUGGUUUCAUGCUUUUCAUUUUGGGUUUGAUUUCUCUUUUUACUGGUCACAUGCUUUCUGAUCUCGAAUGGUACUCUCAUCGAUUGGUUCAUCCUAAUUUCUACUCUAGAUUGGAUGGGAAUUACCGUGCGCCAAUUGAUAUUUGGAAAUCUAAAUUGUCUAAAUAUUACUAUGGGUGUAGUGACCGAGGGCGCGAUUAUGCUCCUGCUGUGCCUGAGCAGAUGUCAAAUGGCUACUUGCUUAUUGCAGCUAGUGGAGGAUUGAAUCAACAAAGAACCGGGAUAACAGAUGCUGUAGUUGUUGCACGGAUUCUUAAUGCUACACUGGUUGUACCUGAGUUGGAUCAUCAUUCGUAUUGGAAGGAUGACAGUGACUUUAUCAAUAUUUUCGAUGUUGAUUGGUUCAUUUCUUAUCUUGCAAAAGACGUUACUAUUGUCAAAAGAGUUCCUGAUAAGGUGAUGAGGUCAAUGGAAAAACCCCCAUAUACAAUGCGUGUCCCAAGGAAAUCAGAGCCUGAUUAUUAUCUUGAUCAAGUUUUGCCGAUACUUUUGAGACGACAGGUUGUACAAUUGACAAAGUUUGACUUUAGACUUGCUAAUCACCUUGACGACGAGCUGCAAAAACUAAGAUGCCGUGUUAAUUAUCAUGCUUUGAGAUUCACAAAACCUAUACAAGAACUUGGUCAAACAAUUGUUAUGAGAAUGCAAAAGAUGGCACGUCAGUUCAUAGCAGUCCAUUUGAGGUUUGAACCAGAUAUGCUAGCAUUUUCCAGUUGUUAUUUUGGUGGGGGAGAUAAAGAAAGAAACGAGCUUGGUGAAAUCAGAAAAAGGUGGACAACAUUACCUGAUUUGAGUGCAGAUGGAGAACGUAAGCGAGGGAAAUGUCCUCUUACUCCUCAUGAAGUGGGUUUGAUGUUGCGCGCACUUGGCUUUACAAAUGACACAUACCUCUAUGUUGCGUCGGGAGAAAUAUACGGAGGGGACGAGACUAUGCAGCCUCUCAAAGAUCUUUUCCCCAACAUCUAUACAAAAGAAAUGCUUGCUGAUGAAGAGCUGAAACCUUUCCUUCCAUUCUCAUCCCGUCUUGCUGCUAUAGACUACAUUGUUUGUGAUGAAAGUGAUGUAUUUGUCACCAACAACAAUGGCAACAUGGCCAAGAUUCUUGCAGGUCGAAGGAGAUAUAUGGGUCACAAAAGAACAAUCAGACCGAAUGCAAAGAAGCUUAGCACGCUUUUUGCCGGAAGGCAUCAGAUGGAUUGGCAUACCUUCUCCAAAAAAGUUAAGGCAUGCCAAAGAGGAUUCUUGGGAGAGCCAGAUGAGAUGAGACCUGGACGUGACUAUCAAGAAUUUCCCAGCUCUUGUGUGUGCGAGAGACAAUACGUGAAUGAAGAACCCGGUACAAAGAUCAAUACCUGA